CACCGUAUGGAUACUGUGUCAGAAGUAAAAGCGAGGCAGCCCGAUACAUUGUCAUCUCUCCGAAGCCAGGAGCCAGAGCAGCAAAAUGGCGAAAACGUACGACUACCUUUUCAAACUCUUGCUCAUAGGAGAUAGCGGUGUCGGCAAGACGUGCCUGCUCUUCAGGUUCAGCGAAGACGCGUUCAAUACCACCUUUAUAUCCACAAUAGGGAUCGACUUCAAGAUCAGAACCAUCGAACUGGAUGGGAAGAAAAUUAAGCUUCAGAUAUGGGACACGGCGGGACAGGAGCGCUUCCGGACCAUCACCACGGCCUACUACAGAGGAGCCAUGGGCAUCAUGCUGGUGUAUGACAUCACUAACGAGAAGUCCUUUGAGAACAUCAAGAACUGGAUCCGGAAUAUCGAGGAGCAUGCAUCAUCGGAUGUGGAACGCAUGAUCCUGGGCAACAAGUGCGACAUGAACGACAAGAGACAAGUAUCCAAAGACCGAGGCGAGAAGCUGGCUAUAGACUAUGGGAUCAAGUUCCUGGAGACCAGUGCGAAAUCCAGCAUAAACGUGGAAGAGGCCUUCUUCACACUUGCCGGAGACAUCAUGACAAGACUCAACAGGAAAAUGAACGACAACAGCGCCUCUGGUGGCGGAGGACCUGUGAAAAUCACGGAGAACCGGUCAAAGAAGAGCAGCAGCUUCCGGUGUUCCCUGCUCUAAUGGACUGCCCACUAUUGUCCUGGACACCCGCACUGCUUUCCUAAAAGCAGAGUGUUGAGCAGCCUGUGUUGGAAAGCUCACGGGCUGCUGCUCACGGGCUGCUGCUCACAGGCUGCUGCUCACGGCUGUGUAUUCUGCUGACCACGGCGACAGCGGCCUCCAAGGGCCGGUUUCACAAACUAAAAAUGAGUCAAAAACGUCAAAUCUCAACAGUCACCCACUGGUCCAGAUAGAUUCCUGGUUCCCCGCAGUCCGGAUCCCGACCCGCCAUUACAGCAUCUUUGUCUGUUUACGUCUUUUAUCCGUGGAAGCCCACGUUAACGUGCUUUGUACCCUGAAGCUCCUUCUUUUCUAAAUUUCGCUCCUGUGAAGAUCCCGGCGCUGGGUGUUUAGCGAUGGAGUCAGACACUGGUUCUGCUUCCCUGACGUUCCUCCCUGGCUGAGUGUUUGCUGUGUGAGAAUGUGAAAUCUCCCAGGCCAUGUUAUCAUUUCCGGCAUUUACCGUUCAAGGAGCACAAGUCACUGUAGGAGCGGUGCGGUGUGGAGCGUGUGCCAUAGAUUGCUUUCCAAUAAAUUAAGACAAAUAUUAUUUAAAAGUUACGAUGAAGAGUAGCUGAAAUACAACAAAACAUAGGGAACUUGUUGAAGGUUUUUUUUAAAAAAUUUUUUACGGAGAUUGUUGCCAAGACAACCAGCUGAAAUUCUGGCCUGUUCUGGAAUAAAUCAGAAACAGAAGCUGUUUUAUGUUUAUAGAAAGAGUGGAAGAUAUUAAAAGUAUGAUAUGAAAUGUUAUUAGUGGAAAAGCACUUCAAAUGAAGGACUGGCUGUUUAAUUGUACAGCAUACUGUCACCGACGACAAGUAUUUUGCAGAAAAAUUUUAGUAAACUACUGUGCAAUACUAUAAUAGAUCUUCAAAGUCUCAUGUUUUUGGUAGCACAUAGAUAUUUUGCCGAUGAGUAAGGAUGUGCUAUGCCAAGUGCCAUUGGCAAGACCAAACGAACCGUAAUUGCGAUGUCUUGGCUUUCAUGUCUUUUUCAAAGUGUCAGUAAUAAGUUAUCUUUCUGUUUUUACCCAUUUUAAAGUCACGUGGCUGCGUUAUUUUCUCACUGCCCUCUGAGCUUUGCUGUCGCUCAGACAUUGUUCAGAAAAUGAACUUUGAGCUGGUCCUGAGACCAGAUAAAAAGCGAGAGCUUCAUGCAGAUUCUUGUUGAGGUGGUCGUGAACUAAACCUCAGCUCUUCUGGAUGUUUGAAUGCAGAUGCCUUCUGGUUAAUAACCGUGUUUCUGUUUCUCUGUGUACCCUGCAGGACAUUGUGCCCACUUUCUCAGUGGUACCUGUGAAGUUGUUGGAAAACCACUAGAUGCAUGCAUAGAUCUCCGUGUAAAUGAGACGACUAAAAUAUAACACACUGAGUAAUCCGACCGUAUUAAUAUUAACCACGUGUUCAUAUUUUACUGGCAAAAAUGAGCCUCGUUCCUUAUUCCACGACAUGUCAAAGUGUGUCCUGUUUACAGAAGCGAAUGCAGGGCUGAUUCUCUGCCUACCUUUGUAUAUGUGUGUCUGUUUUUAUGUCAUCUGUGCCAGAGGCUGCAUCUUUAUGCCAUCGUCAUUGUGGAUCAUCAUAAAAAGUGAGAGGAAGCGUGUGAUGUUUAAACGCGAUUAACCGGGAAGGGUCAGUAAUUUAGCUAGAUAAGUUUAAGUCAUGUUCAACAUUUCUCUGACCCGACAUUAACAGAAAGGCUCCAGUUGCGGUCUUGCUAAAAUAGAAACGCGUUGUGGUUUAAAGGAAGCCCCUCCCACUUCCUCCGCCAAAAAGACUUGGUAAGCGCCCCCCCCAGCCCCAGAGUACAGGAACCACACGUACUGCAUUCAUAUUUUAUAAGCAGCAUCUCUGUUCCCUAAACGGGUUUUACAAACAGCAUACAGAGCACUGCACUUAACUCCACAAGUUGCAGUUUCUUCCUGGUGGUGCACAAACCUCAGUUCAGCCCACGUUUCUUACACUGUCUGUAAAAUUAUAUCGCUUUACAGUGAAAGGAUCUCUGCUGUAUCCUGUUGUACCAAAAUGUAUUUGCUUUCUUGGAUAGCCAUAUCUGCACCUAUGAUGCUGAUUCAUUGCUCCAAGAUUUGGAUGUUCACUGACCACCACGCGUCUGAUCUGCUGGGAUCGUGGGCACCUGGCAUGCUGUCGGCCGUCUUCCAUUGUGCCGUGAACCAUCACAGGCAGAUAGUAUAUUUUCUUAGAUUAAAUGGAUGAUUGCUUGAGUUACAUUAAAUCAAUGCGCUGCAUAGACCAUUUGUUAAGAAUGUAACUGUGCUUUUAUUGUCGUGCAAUAACUGUUGAAAAUAACAUUUUACAUGUUUCUGGGACCAUGGUUUUGCAAAUAUGUUUGUAUACAAACAUAAAUAUGCAUACAUUGAUAAAUCUCUAUUCUAAUAAUGUAACAGUGAAAGCAUUCCAUUUAACUCAUGUUAGUAUCUUACCAUGUUUACCAAACCAUAAUACACUUUCUUAUUUUAAAACACUGUUAGCAGCCUAUUUUUUGUCUGAGAGCAACAUCAAGCAUAUUUCUGUAACAUUUAAAUCUCGUUGUGGACUGAUACUUGUGUAAAGACGAAAAGAACUGUUGGUUUUGUUAAUUGUGAACUUUUUUCUACAAUAUGCGACUUCAGUAAAAAUUGUGUAAAGAAA